AUGAGCAAUAGUGUAAAUGGAGAUGACUUUUCUGAAAGAGAUGAAUGUGAUAUUGAAGGAGAUGAUUAAACACCUUAAUUGAAUAUGGAACAAGUAUAAGAAAUUAAAAAAAUCUAGGUUUAUUAAUCAAUGACAUCUGAAUAUAAUGGAAUAUUUGCCUAAUCAUUUCUUAUCUCGAAAUAAAUAACAACUUUUAUUAUCAAACAAUCUUUAAAAAUAGCAGAAGAAUAGGUAUUGCUUAUACCUAUUUAGUUUAUGGAAACUUAAAUUCCUAUAAGUUCCAAUGCAUAAGUUAUGACAAUUAUGGAAUUAAUUGUAGCCAGUUAUUUUAAUGAAGAUGGUUUGAAAAUAGAUGGAAAUAACAUGUAAGAAGAUAGCGAACCUGUAUUUAUUUCAUGUUUAUAUAUUAUAAGAAUGUAAUACAUUAUGAUCGUUGGAGAAGAAAUAGAGUUAAUGUUGAAGAAUAGAGUUCCUCAUUUUCUGAUGAAUAAGAAGAAUAGGUUGAAAAUGAAAUACCAUCUUAAAAUAAUAGCUAAAAAAAUAACAAGUAACGAUUUUCUGUUUUGGAAAGGAAAAAAACAGCAGUUGUUGCGCCUCCAAAAUCAAGUCAUUCUGAAAUUAGAUUAAUUGAAUUCUAAGUUGCAGAAGAAGAAGAUGAUUUUGUUGAUAAAUUAAGAUAAAAGAAACUCUAUGAUAUUAAAAAGAAGAAUGAAAUUGAAUAAAAAAUUAAAGAAGACAUUAUAUAAAAUUAAGUACAUAUUUAUUUAUACUUCUAAAAUAGAAAAAAGAAUCAUCCUCAAAUAAAUACACCUAUGAUUAUGAUGGCAAAAUUUUAUUAUCAAGGGGAGUUAAAUAUGAUAAAUUAUAACCUACAUCUUUGAAAAUUAAAGUUGAUUUGAAAGAUAUUCCCAAAACUACUAAUCAAUAGAGUAUUCCACAAAGCAAUUCUAAAAAAGGAAGCAAAUAAGUUAUCCAAACUUAAUAACCUGUGUAAAUCCCUCCAAAAACUACUGCUGAUAUACCUAAUAAAGUAAAAUUAUAAGUUAUAUAAGAAUAUAAUAGAUCGAAAGGAUGUAGCCAAAGAGGCAACUGGAGACAAAGGACUUAGAAUAGAUAGAGGAGCUUAAUUACCAUAUGAUACAUUUUCAAUGACAAAUGGUGUUAAACUCAUCUAUGAAUAAAGGUAUAAGGAAGGAAUCAAACAUCAGGUUAGUGAUUCUGCUGAAUAAUUAUAAUAUAGGUUAUCAGGAUAAAACUUUUUACCUGGUGAUGAUAUCACUAAAUAAAUGCAACAAAUUCGAUUAACUAGAACUGAAUAUAAAAUGUUAACUGAUAAUGGAAAUCCUUUUUAAUAAUAAACAAAAUCUUAAUUUGUAUCUUAAGAGAAUAUUGAAACAAAAAAGAAUUUAGAAAAUACAAAACUUGAAAAGACUGUUUAAUUUAAUGAAAGUCAUCUUGUGAUGAAUAAAUUUUCUCCAAAUAAACCUUAACUUUAAAAAGUUGAUACAAAAUCAGAGAAAAUAUUAACAAAAAAUGCAAAAUUACUUGAAAAUCUAUUAGUGUAACCUAACAAACCUGAUACUCCAAGUUAACCAGCUAAAUAAACAGAACCAUAAAAUAAGUUAGUAAUUGAUAUUUAAUUAGAAAUCCUAUUGAUACUUUUAAUUAAUCUCUUCUAAACUCAAAGGAUUGGGGGAAAGCUAAUGCUAAAAUAGGAUAUUUUCCACCUGUACGUGUAUCAUAAAAUAGAGGACAUAAUGGAUCAUUAGAAUAACUGUAUAUAUAUAUAUGUAUUAUAUACUUUAGUUAUAAACUUCCAAGAGAUAGAAUCAAUGUAUAAUAAUAGAGAACUUAAAGUGAAUUCUAUAAGUUAUAACCAAAGAGAUCUACACAUAAAUCAAUGAGUGAAGGAAUGUUUUAAACCUUUUACACAACACAUUCCAAGUUUGAUGAAAAACUUAGAUAAUUUUGA